GCAUGCGCGGGAGGGGCGCGCGCAGGCGCGGAAGCCGCAGGAGGCGCCGAGUGCAGUCCCGCCUUCCCGGCUUCCUCGACCUUCUCCCGGACCCUGGUCUCGGCCGCAGGCGACUCUUUCCCCAACCCGAGGGGGCCGGUGCCAGGCGACCAUGGAGACUGCUGGAGGCGCUGGCCAGAGCUCGGCCUCACAGAGCGGUCCCGCGGAGGGCCCAGCCCCGGGCGGCGGCGCUGCCCAGGCGCCCCAGGAAGAUCAGGGGCAGCUGCUUUACCACGAGGAAACCAUCGACCUCGGUGGCGACGAGUUCGGGUCUGAAGAGAAUGAGACCGUCUCGGAGGACUCCAAUACCUUUGCGGACAGGCUCGCCGAGCACCUGAUGGAGAGCGUGCUCAUCUCGGACUCGCCCAACAGCAGCGAGGACGACGCCGGGGAGCCCGCGGGGGGCGGCGCAGACCGCGGCCUGGCCUCGGGUGCCGGCGCGCUGAGCGACGACAGUGGGAGCGCCGGAGAGGACGCGCCCGAAGGCGCCUCCCCCGGGCCCCCCGACGGCCGGGCGCCCUCGGGGGAGAAAGACCCCGAGCCAGAAGGGAGAGAGCCACCCGCCUUGGAGCCCGGCGGCGCGGGUGCCGAGGCCUCGGGCCCCGGGGGGGACGAGAGGGCGCCCCCGGGGGACGCGGCGGCCGGCGAGGCCCCCCGGCAGCCCUCCCCCAGGGACGAGCCGGUGCCCGUGUGCACCAUCUUCAGCCGGCCGCCCGGCUCCCAGCGCGACGGCUUCCAGUCGCAGAUGGUGAAAUCGCCGAGCUUCGGCGGCGCCAGCGAGGCGGCAGCACGGGCCCCGGCCCAGGGCGUCCAGCCCAGCCCCAGCCUGAGUAAGUUUUUUGGCGACGCCGCGGGCCCCAGCUCCCUGGCCUCGGACUUCUUCGAUUCGUUCACCACGUCCACCUUCAUCUCGGUCAGUAACCCCAACGCCGGCUCCCCGGUUUCGCUGGCGGCCACCCCGAUGGGCGAGACCGCCCCAGGCCCCGCCGAGCCCGCCCGCCACCCGGAGCCCGCCGUCGCCACAGGCGCCCCGGAGAUCCCUCCAUCCCCAAAACCGUUCUCGCAGAUCCAGGCCGUGUUUGCCGGCAGCGAGGACCCCUUUGCCACCGCCCUGAGCAUGAGCGAGAUGGACCGGAGGAGCGACGCCUGGCUCCCCGGGGAGGCCACCCGGAGCGUGCUCGUCUCCGUGGCCACCCAGCAGUACAGCGCCGUCUUCGUGGACAAGGAGGACCUCACCAUGCCCGGCCUCAAGUUCGACAACAUCCAGGGAGAUGCCGUUAAAGACUUAAUGCUUCGCUUCCUGGGUGAAAAGGCUGCUGCAAAGAGGCAGGUCUUAAGUGCCAACUCGGUGGAACAGUCUUUUGUUGGAUUGAAACAGCUCAUUAGCUGCAAGAACUGGAGGGCGGCGGUGGACCUGUGCGGGCGGCUCCUCACCGCCCACGGCCAAGGCUACGGCAAGAGCGGGCUGCCAACCAGCCACACGGCGGACUCCCUGCAGCUUUGGUUCGUGAGGCUGGCGUUGCUGGUGAAGCUGGGCCUCUUCCAGAACGCCGAAAUGGAGUUCGAGCCCUUCGGGAACCUGGACCAGCCAGACCUCUACUACGAGUACUACCCUCUCGUGUACCCGGGGCGCAGGGGCUCCAUGGUCCCCUUCUCCAUGCGGAUCCUGCACGCGGAGCUGCAGCAGUACCUGGGCAACCCGCAGGAGUCGCUGGACAGGCUGCACCGCGUGAAGGCCGUCUGCAGCAAGAUCCUGGCAAACCUGGAGCAGGGCCUCGCGGAGGACGGGGGCAUGAGCAGCAUGGCACAGGAGAACCGGCAAGCCUCCGUGCAGCUGUGGCGGUCCCGCCUGGGCCGGGUCACCUGCUCCAUGGCCAACUGCCUGCUGCUCAUGAAGGAUUACGUGCUGGCCGUGGACGCCUACCACUCGGUCAUCCAGUACCUACCGGAGCAGGAGCCCCAGGUGCUGAGCUGCAUCGGCCGGAUUUUCCUCCAGAUUGGAGACAUAAAAACAGCUGAAAAGUAUUUUCAAGAUGUGGAGAAAGUAACACAGAAAUUGGAUGGACUGCAGGGUAAAAUAAUGGUUUUAAUGAACAGAGCUUUCCUCCACCUCGGCCAGAACAACUUUGCAGAAGCCCACAGGUUCUUCACGGAAGUGCUAAGGAUCCAGCCAACAAACGCGGUGGCCAACAACAAUGCGGCCGUGUGCCUGCUGUACCUGGGCAAGCUCAAGGACUCGCUGCGGCAGCUGGAGGCCAUGGUGCAGCAGGACCCGCGGCACUACCUGCACGAGAGCGUGCUCUUCAACCUGGCCACCAUGUACGAGCUGGAGUCCUCGCGGAGCCUGCAGAAGAAGCAGGCGCUGCUCGAGGCCGUGGCCAGCAAGGAGGGGGACUGCUUCAACACGCAGUGCCUCAAGCUGGCCUAGGCCCCGCCACGGCCACCAGUAAAGCCUCCCGCCCCCGUGCUUGUGGCUGCGUCUCUUGGUCUGGACCGGCCCGGCCAAGGCCCAGGCCGAGCUGGCCGUCCGCACGCAGGGUGAACAUGGCCCGGGGCUGCGGGGGGCGGGACACAGCGGGCCCCGCACGUGGGCUGAUUCAGAACAGCUCAGAGAAGAGCUGAGCAACAUAGCAAGGCCCACUGGCUCUGUGCCGAACAUUCUAGAGGCCUGGACAGUGCGCACGGACCACAGGCCCCAUGCCACCGUGUGUGGACCCCCCAUCACUGCAAGUGAGGCGGGGGUCUCAGCCCAGCAGGGCGGCUGGGUCUGCCGGCCCUCGUGCGGGGCUCAGUCCCAGGGCCAGGCCCUUUACGUGAGGGUGGGCCAGGCGCCACCUGGGCCCAUCCCCGUCUCCCAGCAUGACCGGUGCCAUCGCGGGGGCAGGGGCCCCGCCAGGGUCUUGCUGGUGGGAGGAAGAGCUCCCUGAGGCAGGACCAGUUCCCUGGGACCGUCCCCAACCCCCCCGCGGGCCCCCCACAUGGGGUCUCCCCAUCAGGCUGCUCUCCCAGCCUCGCCCUGCACCCCGGGCAGAGGCCACCCCAGCUGAGAUCUCUGACCUCAAAGGGGAGUCAGGAGUGGACACAGCUCACAUCGUCCUCUUCCAAGUCACGUGACUGGAGUCAGGGCCGCAGCUGCUGGCCCCGGAGCAGGUGCAGGCCCUCCAGGGACUCGUGGCCCCCGUCAGCUCCAUCUGGCAGAACCUCGGGGCCCUGCCUGUCCGCCCCCGUCUGCCCAGGCUCGGCCUCCCAUCCCCGCGUCCUGGCCCGGGUCUCCCUCCCCCCGGCUGCGCAUCCUCCUGGCAGCACUGCCCAGCGGCGGUCCUCGCUCUGGGACCUCGCGGACAUCCACCACCCCGCCCCCACCCCGGGCCCUGGCCCCCGCACAGGAGAACCUUCUGGAGGGGCCACCCUGCUGUUUGGUCCGCAGGCCCAGGCACCCCUGGGCUCAGGCACACGUUGGCAGAGGCUGGGCUGGGAUCGCCUGUGUGGGGGGACAGCUGCCAACAUCCCCAGGGCCUGCUCUGACCUGGGACUGGACCCCGCCCACAGGACGGGACAGCUCGAACCUCCUGCCCUCCGUGGACCUGGGGCGGCGGGGCGGGCGGCGGGGCUCCGGCCCUGCAUGGCCAGACCGCGUGCCCAGGCCACUAGGACGUCGUGGCCACAGGUCUAACGUUCUCCCAGCAACACCCGAGCCUUCGGCCUCCAGUCCUUGCAGGUGACGGAGGCCAGUGAGAGCCAAGGCCAGUCCCCCUCGGUUCAGGGGGAAGGGGCGAAAGUCAGGUUUAACUACGCUCAGAAGGAAAGGAGUGGAUGUCCCUUGCUGUCCUGAGACUGUGGCCCAGAACCGACCUACUGGGCUGUCAGCUUGGGCCGGUGUUCUUCGUGAGCCGCGCCCUCCGCGCUGCUGUCUGCACGUCCCGCUCCCCUGAGCCUCAGGCGGGCAGCCCCAGCCCCAGCCCCGCGGGUCACAUGCACAGGUCACGCGCAGCGUCAGCAGAUGUCUGUCCCUGAGUGAACGAGGCCACAGGCCACGCUGCCCGCUGGGCACGCGCAAGGGGUUCUGAGCAGCCGAGAAGGAGCUGGGCUUCCUCCCCAGCCCAGUCGCUGAGAGGGGCGGGCAGUUUGUGAAGAUUUGCCUGAACCAUGAACUCUAGUUUCUUGUCACCCAUGGCCGUUACAAACACCGACGCCUGAGCUGUCGCCCUUUCAGGAAGGAGCCGUAUCACUUUCUUAUUUUUCUCCUCCUGCUGUUCAAGAAAAAGCAAAACUCAGAUUUCUCAAGCCUCGGUGUCUCUUGUAGAAAUGCCAUUUCAGGAGUUCCCGUCGUGGCGCAGCGGAAACGAAUCUGACUAGGAACCGUGAGGUUGCGGGUUCGAUCCCUGGCCUCGCGCAGUGGGUUGGGGAUCCGGCGUUGCCGUGAGCUGUGGUGUAGGUCGCAGUCGUGGCUCGGAUCUGGCAUUGCUAUGGCUCUGGCAUAGGCCAGAAGCUAUAGCUCUGAUCAGACCCCUAGCCUGGGAACCUCCACAUGCCACGGGUGCAGCUCUAAAAAGACAAAAGACCAAAAAAAGAAAGAUGCCAUUUCAGCAUGGUCUCUGUGCUUGGUUGGGAGCAAGGGCUGCUCAGGUGAAACAGGGUGGCAGCUAAGUUUCUAACGUGCCAACCCGAUGAGCCAUUAAACUAGAGGCCUGAGCCACCUGCCCCAAAGGAAGAACCCUCGGCCUCCCGCCUGGGGCACUCUCUGCUCCUCUUAAGGCCUCCCGGCUGCCAGCCUGUAGGCCAUUCUCACAAGAAGAGACCAGUCCUGCUCCCGACACCCCGGACGGGACACGGGCCCAGGUGGGCAGGCGUCCUGACGGCCAGGUAGGAAGCACUUGAAGACUCUUCUUUGGUUUGUUUUUUGUUAUGACUCCUUAAGGCUGGGAAAACCUGCGGGACAGUCAGAAACAGGCCCGGUCCGCAGCUGGCACCGUCACGGCAAAGGUCCCCAAAGGUGGUUCUUGCGGAGACAGUGCCACCUCCAGCUGACGACAAAGGCGCUGACCCAUGGUGUGGACCACAGGCCAGGUUAGGCCGCCGGGCCUGGGCCUCCAUUUCCUUCUUGUCAGAGGGGGACAGAGGCCGGCGACGGCUUCUCCGGUGGCCUCCUGCCCCCAGCCCUCCGCCGGCUCCCACCGCGGAGCGAGGUCUGCCCCUCCCCCCACGGCUGCUCCCGUCCCUCUGCACCUGCUGCUUCCUUCCUGUGUCGACAGAGCUGUGCCCACAGUGUCCCCAAAACUCCCAGGUUGAAGCCCUCCCUGCAGUGUGGCUGUGUGUGCAGAUGAGAUGAAGUCACAAGGCGGGGAGGGGUGGGGGGGUACGGCGUCCUCACCCGAAUAGACGCCAGGCACUGUGCUGUACAGAGAAAUCGACAGCACACUGUCGGUCAACUACAACGACAAUAAAGGACAGCCGCCGGGAGUUGCAGCAGAGUAAGGGCCACAUGAGGACGCAGCCAGCCCAGCCGGCACCUUGAUGACACGCUCCAGCUCCCGGGGCCAAGAGCAAACAUCUGGGGUUGAAGCUGGGCUGACAAACACCCAGACACCUGGGGGGGCAGGACCCCACCCCACUGCCACUCACCAGCUCCGUGCUCAGCUCUGCCCUCUCUCCUGGAGGGCGAGGGGCGAGGCCGUCCGCUGGGGCCUGGGAGCCCUGAGGAAGCAAGCAACGUACACCUGCCCGGGUCUGGACCCGCCCCCAGCCAGAGGCUUGCCAGCUGGAAGGUGUGGCUGUGCCCUCCCGCUCUGGCCAGGGACUGGGGGCCCUCAGCCCAUGGAGCGCCUCAGCAAGCCCGCUCAGGCGGGGCUGGUGGGAGAGGAAGGGGAGGCAGCAUUUCUAGAAGACAGAGCAGCCCCUGAGCCAAAGGUAUUUAACCAGAGGGAAGACAGCCCUCCAUACAUGGUGCAGGGACACUGGAUGGCCACGCAGAAGAAUGAAAUUAGAAUACUCAACACCACACACAAAAUCAACUCAAAAGGGAUUAAGGACCUAGAUAUGAGAUGGGAUAGUAUAGAACUUAAAAGUGUCUGCACAGCGAAGGAAGCCGUAAACAAAAUGACACAACCACGGAAUGGGAGAAAAUCUUUGCAGAUAAAGCAGCUGACAAGGGGUUAAUCUCCAAAAUUUACAAACACCUGCAGCUCAAUACCGAAAAAACAAACCACCCCAUCAAAAGAUGGGCAGGAGAUCUAAACAGUUCUCCAAAGAAGACAUACGGAUGGCCAGAAAACACAUGAAAAGAUGUUCAACCUCACUCAUUAAAUAGAGAAAUGCAAAUCAAAAACCCUAUGAGGUACCACCAGCUAGAGUGGCCAUCAUCCAAAAGUCUACAAACAAUAAGUGCUGGAGAGGGUGUGGACAAGAGGGAGCCCUAUUGCACUGUUGGCGGGAUUGUAAAUUGGUGCAACCACUGUGGAAAACAGUAUGGAGAUGCCUCAGAAAACUAAACAUAGAACGACCGAUCCAGCAAUCCCACUCCUGGGCAUCUACCCAGAGAAAACCAUGACUCAAAAAGACACACAUACUCCAGUGCUCACUGCAGCGCUAUUUGCAACAGCCAAGACAUGGAAACAACCUAAAUGCCUGUUGGCAGAGGUGUGGUACACAUACACAAGGGAAUAUUACUCAGCCGUUAAAAACCGGCAUUUUUAGCAACAUGGAUGGACCUAGAAACCAUCAUGCUAAGUGAAGUCAGUCAGACAACGAGACACCAACGUCAGAUGCUUCCGCUGACAUGUGGAAUCCGAAACAAGGACACAAUGAACUUUGCAGAACAGAUGCUGACUCACCUUAUGGUUUCUAAAGGAGACAGGUUGUGGGGAUGGCCAGGGGUUUGGGAUGGAAAUGCUAUAAAAUUGGGUUGUGAUGAUCAUUGUAUACCAAUAAAUUAAUAAAAAAAACUCAUUGGGUAAUAAAACAAUCUUAACAAUGCAUGUACAUAGUGAGGAAAAUCUGUAAAGUUGCUUUUCAUGUACAUGAAAGCAUUAAAAGCUAAUAAAUCAAACUGCACUGAAAAAAA